AUGGGUUACGAGAACGAUAACAGAGGAUCUUUCAGAUCAUACGGUGGAGGUGACAGAAGCAGAUUCGGUAGAGACGAUAGACAAACUGGUGGUUACGGUGGCGACAACGGUGGUGGUUACAGAGGACGUGGUAGCUUCAGCAGGGAAGACCGUGAACUUGGAUCUGGCUUGCAGAAGCAGGACUGGGACCCUAGUUCUUUACCUAAGUUUGAGAAGAACUUUUACAAGGAAGACCCCCAAGUUACUGCUAGAAGUGACGACGAAAUCGCUGCAUUUAGAAAAGAGAACGAAAUGACCAUUGCUGGUCACGAUAUUCCAAGACCUAUCACUUCGUUCCAAGAAGCUGGUUUCCCAGAUUAUGUUUUGAAGGAAGUUUUAGCCGAAGGUUUCGAAAAGCCAACUGGUAUUCAAUGUCAAGGUUGGCCAAUGGCUUUGUCUGGUAGAGACAUGGUUGGUAUUGCGGCUACUGGUUCUGGUAAGACUUUGUCUUACUGUUUGCCAUCGAUUGUCCAUAUCAAUGCUCAACCAUUGUUAAAGCCAGGCGAUGGUCCAAUUGUUUUGGUCUUGGCACCAACCAGAGAGUUGGCUGUUCAAAUCCAAAAGGAAUGUUCCAAGUUCGGUAAGACUUCCAGAAUCAGAAACACCUGUGUUUACGGUGGUGUUCCAAAGGGACAGCAAAUAAGAGACUUGGCCAGAGGUGUUGAGAUCUGUAUUGCUACUCCAGGUAGAUUAUUAGACAUGUUAGAAAUGGGUAAGACCAACUUAAGAAGAGUUACCUACUUGGUUUUGGAUGAAGCUGAUAGAAUGUUGGAUAUGGGUUUUGAACCUCAAAUCAGAAAGAUUGUUGACCAAAUUAGACCAGAUAGACAAACUUUGAUGUGGUCCGCAACUUGGCCAAAAUCUGUUCAAGGCUUAGUUAGAGAUUACUUGAACGACUACAUCCAAGUCAAUGUUGGAUCAUUAGACUUAGCAGCAUCCCACAACAUUAAGCAAGUUGUUGAUGUUUGUACCGAUUUUGAAAAGAGAGACAAGAUUGCCAAAUACGUCGAGACGGAAAUGGCUGAUGAAAGCUCCAAGAUUAUCAUUUUCUCAUCCACUAAGAGAAGUUGUGAUGAAUUGACCUCAUAUUUGAGAAGUGAAGGUUGGCCUGCACUUGCUAUUCAUGGUGACAAAGAACAAAGAGAAAGAGACUGGGUUUUACAAGAAUUCAGAUCCGGAAAAUCUCCAAUCAUGGUUGCUACCGACGUUGCAGCCAGAGGUAUCGAUGUCAAGGGUGUUACAUGUGUCAUGAACUACGAUAUGCCAACUAAUAUUGAAGAUUACGUGCAUAGAAUUGGUAGAACUGGUAGAGCAGGUGCCAAGGGUACUGCCAUCACUCUAUUCACCAGAGGUGACAAUAACCAAGCGCACGAUUUGAUUGUUAUUCUCAAGGAAGCCAACCAAGAAGUUUCUCCAGAGUUACAAGCUUUGGACAAGAAGCAAUGGGGUAGAGGCGGAAACGGUGGAGGAAGAGGCAGAGGUAGAUUCGGUGGAGGAAGAGGUGGAAGAGGUAGAUUCGGUGGAAAUGGUGGUGGUAGAAGCGGUAGCAACAACGCCCCAUUAGGCCAAAGAAGAUAUUAA